CUGCAAGUGACCCAACCAGCUAUGGCAAAAGCAGCGAUCACCAUGCAAUCUUCAGAGUAAACAUGACCCUUUCCAUCCCUAACAUUGUCAUGGUUCCAGCUUUGGAGGAGGUUCAACAGGCUCUAAACCGCGCUGUAGAGUGUGUAGUCAGUGUCAGCAAAGGAGUCAGCCAGUGGAGCAAAGAAAGGAUAUCUAAGAGACAAAUGAACGAAAAGCGAAUGGCAGCACUGAAACAAGACAGCUCUGAGAGCGAAACAGAGGAUGGAGCAACAACAUACAGAAGCUUGGCUGAUGGCAGUACCUCAGACAUGUCAGCUUCUGUGAUCCAGGCCAUCCCGUUCCAAGCCAGAAAUUACUACAAGAGUGUGUCUGAGAACAAGGAAAUAGCCAAGCUAAUCUCUGUACUUAGCACCUCUAUCACCUCCAGUAAAAAGGAAGUGGUGACCGCUCUACAUCACUUUAGCCGUUACCAUCACAUCUGGAGGAAAGACCGUGAAGAGACCAUGAGGAAAUUUAUCGAGGGGAGUCCCUUGUUAUCGGAGUUUGAGAGCCAGAUUCUUUUCUAUCGAGAUCUAGAGCUGGAAGUAAACUCUGAACCAGAGUAUAUUGCUAAUCGAUUUGACAACCUGUUCAGGAAGUACAUCACUUACACGGGAGGUGAAGAGCUCUUUGGACUUCCUGUUACCCAGCAUCCUCAGCUAUUGGAGAUUAGGAAGCAACUGGCUCUGCUGCAGAAGUUGUACGGCCUUUACAACAAUGUCAUCGAUACAGUUAACGGCUACUAUGAUAUCCUCUGGGCUGACAUCUGCAUCGAGAAGAUUAAUAAUGAGCUGCUCGACUUUCAGACGAGGUGUCGAAAACUGCCUCGUGCUCUGAAAGAGUGGCAGGCCUUUCAGGAUCUGAAGAAAACAAUUGAUGAGUUCAGUGAGUGCUGCCCCCUGCUGGAACUCAUGACUAACAAAGCUAUGAUGGCCCGGCACUGGAAGAGGAUAACGGAGGUGACCGGCCAUACCUUUGAGGUGGAAACUGAUACAUUCAAGCUGCGUAACAUAAUGGAGGCUCCUCUACUCAAGUAUAAAGAAGAGAUUGAGGAUAUCUGCAUCAGUGCUGUGAAAGAGCGUGAUAUUGAACAGAAGCUGAAGCAAGUGAUCGGUGAGUGGGACAACAAGACUUUUACAUUUGCCAGUUUUAAGACCCGUGGGGAGUUGCUGCUGAGAGGAGACAGCACAUCAGAGAUCAUUGCCAGCAUGGAGGAUAGCCUAAUGAUCUUGGGAUCCCUUAUGAGCAACAGGUACGGCAGUGUUGAGUGUCAUUAUCAUUAG